GUGUCAUAAUUUAGAAAAUAGUGACAUGAGUAUAAAAACCUCCCUUUCUAAAAAGGUGUACUACAAGGUGGGGAUCAUAAUGUAUUAAGCCGUAAAACGAAGAAGAUACGAAGGAGAAGUUUACACUAAACAGACCACUUUUCGUGGAGUACCGUGGCUGAGAUUCUCUAUACUACUAUCACCAAAAACCAAAAGUGUACCACAUUUGUGCUCACUUUUUCAGUAUUCUUCUUUUUCUCCUUUUCCAACCUUCCACUUAACCAAAUCUAUAAGUGGGGUUUUUGGGUUGUGAAAUUAUUGAUCCAACAAUAAUAAUAUGGAUAGCGAGAAAUACUGGGAGGAAUUGAAUGUGGGUGUUAAGGUGGUGUAUAUGGCUUGUGCUUUAUGUCAAAAGGUGCAAAAAGGUUUGCUAUCUAACACAUUUGAUGAUGACCAAGUUAAGUCUAAGGAUGAUGAUUCUCUCGUUACUAUUGCAGAUUGGAGUGUGCAAGCAACUAUAAGUUGGAUCCUUUCAAAUACUUUUGGUAGCGAAAAUGUCUCCAUAGUAGCUGAAGAGGACGUUCAAACUCUUUCCAAACCUGAAUCAGCUGGUCUAUUGGGUAAAGUUGCUAGCACUGUCAAUGAAUGUUUAGCAGAAGCUUCCAGAUAUGGUCUAAAAGGUCCAGAUAAAUCCCUGGGGCCUUCAGAAAUACUGGAGGCUAUUAGUUGCUGCAAUUCAAAUGGGGGCCCUCUUGGCAGGCAUUGGGUUCUUGACCCGGUUGAUGGUACACUGGGGUUUGUGCGUGGAGAUCAAUAUGCUGUAGCUCUAGCCUUUAUUGAUAAUGGGGAGGUUGUAGUUGGAGUGCUAGGAUGUCCUAAUUAUCAUAUGAAGAGGGACAGGCAUAAUAAGCAACAGCAAAAUCAUAUUUCAUCAGAAGUUUCAGUGCCCUCACCUGAUAUGUUGGAAGAAGGAUGUGUGAUGUACACAAGAAAAGGUACUGGUGAAGCUUGGGUCCAGCCAUUGGUUUAUGGUGAUAGGAAAUAUGAAUGGCCAAAUUUUGCCAAACAAGUUCAUGUUUCUCCAAUUGAUGAUCCAGCGUUGGCAACUUUUUGUGAACCAGUUGAGAGAGCCAAUUCAAACCACUCCUAUGCAGCUGGACUUGCUUCCUCUGUUGGGCUUAGAAACAAGCCCCUCCGUGUUUAUAGCAUGGUAAAAUAUGCCGCCAUAGCACAGGGAGAUGCUGAAAUUUUCAUGAAAUUUGCGAGAGCUGGGUACAAAGAGAAGAUUUGGGACCAUGCAGCUGGUGUUCUCAUCGUACAAGAGGCUGGCGGUGUGGUUACUGAUGCAGGAGGGCGUUCACUUGAUUUCUCUAAAGGGAUAUACUUGGAAAGCCUUGAUAGGGGAAUAGUUGUUUGCUCUGGAAUUAAGCUGCAUGAGAAAUUAAUCGGAGCUGUUUAUGCCAGCUGGGAGUCCUCUAGUCUAUGAAUCUCUCGUUAUCUACUAGAAGGACAGUGACGGGUUCCUAUCUUAUUAUGUGCUCACAGGUGGUAAACAUGUGUUCUAUUCUCAUCCAAAUUUAAAUAGGUAAUCUUCACGCAAACCAACUUUGACAAAUGGAGUACAUCAUUGCAAUUACUUCAUGAGAUGCGUGUUUGCUCUGGGAAGACACAAAAUGGCGUACUGGUUUCCAAGAGACAGGCAUCUGAGGCCAAUAUCGCAGAGAAUGUUUGCUAAAAAGGCUAGUUGGUUUUCGUCGUAGCACAAAAAUCUAACUCUACUAAUGCAGAGAAGAGUUUGCUCAUCGUUCUGGAAACGUGGAGGGGGAAACUUUCAUUGCUUCAAAGACUAAGUUAAAAGUACAUGUACAUUACUCUUCUAUCCCCUUCUUGAAAAAUUUAUAACAAAGAUGCAGAAGAAGACUCUCACUGGAUUCUGAUACAAUUGGUUGACAUCUCAGUUUUAACAUUGAUUAGAAUGUCCAGUUACUAGAUUUGACUCCUGGGAAAUGUUUAAUCAUAAAAUAAUCCUUUUAUGAGUUCUAUUGACACAUUUUAAUUUUG